GUGAACAAUGAUCGAUUUGCCAAUCGUCUCUAUCUCCGCGCCAAUUAUUGAUCUUUGUUUUCUUCCUCUUUAUAAAAUUUGAUUCGCGUCGAAUCCAUCGAAAAGUUUGCUCACCUUCGGUUUCAUCAUACGUCAAUUCAUGACUGACUUGGGGGCGUCAAUGUCUAUAUACCUGUGAAUGAAUGGGAUACCAACGCCAGAUUAAUCCUCGAUUAGAGAGCCAACCCAUGGAACCACGCUUUUCGUUAACAUCUUAACAAUUGAGGAUAAAGGAAAAGAAUGGAGCCUGAGUCGACCUCUCUCGAAACCAGGGAUUUCAUGAAGAUUGAUCCUCAUGAUACUAGAAAGCAGAGAAGCAGCAAGUUGCCACCAGAGAAACCGAACUCAAACGAGGAUGAAUGUGAUCGACACGAUAUACAGACCGAACUGAAGUUGACCAAUGAAGCUUCUCCUGGCGUAAAUCUGUUCGGGACAAACGUGUCCACCAAAGCUCCAACCAGGAACAUCACUAAGGCGAAAACAGACACGGGAAGACCAGGGAGCAGCAGGCAGCGUUUGCUGCCACCACAGUUUGGAUGCGAUGUAUCUCGGCGGGUUAGUUUUCUUGAGCUAGAGAUGUUUCCCCAAAUGAGGGAUAUGCAGUUCUCAGACUGCAAGUCGGCAACAUCGCAGCUCACCAUAUUCUAUGCCGGCACCAUCAAUGUCUACAACAAUGUCCCUGUUGAUAAGGCCCAGGCGAUCAUGCUUCUAGCUGGUGAAAGCUCUUUGACGAAGCCUAUGGUGGCAAAAUCUGAAGAUAUAAUCAAAACAGUUCUGCCUCAUCCGCGGCGGAUCAGUUUGCCUUCCAUCUGCAAGGGGCACGACAUUCCAAUGGCAAGAAAGAAUUCGCUUUGCCUCUUUCUUCAAAAGCGUCAAGAUCGGGUCACAAACAAAAGCCCCUACGGUUCAUCUCGUAGGGGACACAGAGAAAUGGAGCCAAGGGAAGAGGAGGGCUCGCGCGAUACCGGGAACUAUAGUCAUUGCUCUCCUUUGUCACCCUUCCCUUCGCGAUCGGGAUUCCUAUGUUCUGUAUCAGCUACUAAGAAAUGACAUCAAGUACAACCGCCAUCUUUCUCCGAGUCACAAUGACUCUGCUAUUAACAUCUAUCCACCCAAUAAUCUUCACAUACACUUCUUGUUUGUUCUGAUAAGUAUCGUCUUUUAUAACUAGAAACAGCAUUUCCUAUGAAUCCUUGGAGUUGGAUGCACCACUAUGGAUGUAGUCUGGAUAUAUGAGCACUGUUUCCACUUUUCAAAUCUUGGAUACUUGGAAGUAUUUUUUUA